AUGAGGAGCUUCCAGGCGUCAGGCACUAAAUCCGGCGCCUGCCGUCCCAUCUCCCCUAAGCUCCAAUCCCCCUCCCCCGCCAUAUCGAUCGAACCCUCGCUCCGCCUGCGCCGCGCCAUCACCGCCGACGAUGCCCUCCUCGUCAAGCGAAUCCUCAAAUCCCACCCGCGCCUUCUCCAUAACCCCGACAGCUCCCCCGAUGGCCUCUCCAACUCGAACCUCCACCUCGCCGCCUCCCUCGGUCACCUCCAAAUCUGCCGCCUCCUGGUCCAUCUCGGCCACGAGGAUCCCGAUCCCGCUCUCAACGAGCACCACCAGACCGCCCUGAUGCUCGCCGCUGCCGCCGGUCACACCGAAGUCGUUCACUUCCUCUGCGAACGCGCCCCAGAUGUCAUCCUCCGCCGCGACAUCCGCUGGCGUGACGCCAUCAUGGAGGCCAGCCGCGGCGGCCACGACACCGUCUUGCAGAUCCUGCUGACCUACGUGCCCCACGGCGCCCAGGACGCCGUCCGCCGCACCGACCUCGACGGCAACACCGCCUUGCACUUCGCCAGCAGCAACGGCAACCUGCUCGUCCUCCGCACUCUCCUCGCCGCCGGUGCCGACCCCGAGCGCCGCAACGUCUGGAACUGGACCGCCAUGUCCUACAGCGCCACCGUCCAGGCCGAGGUCUACCUCAAGGGCCUCGUCACCGAGGUCGAGCGCCGCAAGCUGGUCCGACACGAGGUCGAGCAGUUAAAGAACACGGCCAAGGGCGUCGCCACCGCAAAUGCUGCCGGCGUCCGCGUCGUUGAACAAGACGUUGACGUCGACGACUGA